AUGAAUAUCGAACGAAUAUUGGACAGUUGCAUGGCUCAAGUUUUUCAGAGACUAUCACUGAAACGGCAGAUCCAAGAGGAGCAGAUGGAGGGCCGCCCUACGAAAGUUACAAGGCGUGAGGAUGGUAUUCUCGAGGUAUCCUCAAGUAACAUACCAAGGGGGUCAGUGGAUUUGGGGGGUACAAAUCAAGCUUUGGAGUAUAGGGGUGAUGUUGCUUUCGAUGCCAAUGCAGAAGGUCCAGUGGCAAAUAAAGGGAGUUUGGUGACGGUAUUUGUAGCACCUACUAAAGGUCGCAGGGUCCGGAAGUUUGUGAGACAACAUGCACUCAUGAAGCAUAAAACAAAAGGGGACAAUCAGGUUCAUGUAGCUAGCAUCGACUGGUUAGAGGCGCAGCCCGAGAUGGUUGAGGUGGCGGGCCUUACCAUGCCCCCACCCCCCUCUAUGAAAAUUAUUGCAUGGAACUGUCAAGGAUUGGGGAGUUCCUUGACAGUUCUAGCUUUACAGGACUUGUGUGCCAACAAAAACCCCAAAUUCUUUGCCUUAGCGAAAUGAAGAUGAGUAGAUUAAAGGUGGAAGGAAUAAGGAGGAAGUUGCGGUUUGAUGGAAAGGUUGUUGUGGAACCUCAGGGCAUGUCUGGUGGUCUGUGUGUUAUGUGGAUGCGUGAGGUGCAAUUGGUUAUUGAAGGAUGCAGUAUGCACCAGAUUGAUAUUACAUUCCGGAGUAACGACUGGCGGGGGCCAUGGCAUAUGUACUUUAUUUAUGGUCAUCCUGACUAUGACACUAGAUGUUUGCAGUGGAGUAGGCUUAAAGCGUAUGGCACCAGUUUGGUCCUUCCCUGGCUAUGCAAUGGAGACUUUAAUGAUAUUCUUUCUAUGAGGGAGAAAACAGGGGGCAGAGAUCGAGAUAGUAGAAAGAUGAAGAGUUUUAGAGCUUUCAUUGAUGAUACUCAGUUGAUUGAUCUGGAAAGUAAAGGUCGGGCAAGAUCCUGCACGAUA